AAACGCCUUUCGCCUAGUUUGACCCUCUAGACUGCCCGUUCUUUUCGCCUCAGCGCGCCUGCGCGAAGUUGCGUGCCCUUUCGUCUCAGCGCGUCCACUGCUUUCACAAUGGCGGCUCGCGGCAUGGGCCUGUUGAGCCGCUUGUCCAUGUGCGCUCAGAGAAGUCAAGUCCUGCGUCCAAUCCACAGGCGGCUGAGUUGCCCAGGAACCGUGGCCGCAGACGCCAGGGGGGAACAGCAGUCCUCGGGGAGCGCGGAGACAGGCUCUGAAGACAGGACUCCCAAAAAGAGAUUCUCUGAGUUGCAAAAAGAAAGACGAGAACAGGCACAGCGGACUAUUUUAAUACAUUGCCCAAAUAAAAUCAGUGAAAAAAAGUUUCUCAAGUAUUUAUCCCAACAUGGACCUAUAAAUAAUCAUUUCUUCUUUGAAAGCUUUGGUCUUUAUGCUGUUGUAGAAUUCUGUCAAAAGGAAAGUGUAGCUUCAUUGCAGAAUUUAACUCGUACUCCAAGCAUGGGCACAGAGGCUGCAAUUCCAUUCAGAUCACGUUUCUUCAAUUUAAAGUUGAAGAAUUCAUCAAACGAGACUUCUGAACAGUCACGUAUACCAUGCUGUAAUCAGUCGCCUCCUUCAAGCAAGAAGCUCUUUGAAUUACUUUGUGAUGCUGAAAGUAUAGAUGAUCAGCUGAACACACUCCUGAAGGAGUUCCAGCUCACAGAGGAGAACACAAAGCUCCGCUAUCUCACCUGUUCUCUUAUUGAAGACAUAGCAGCUGCAUAUUUUCCAGACUGUGCAGUCAGACCUUUUGGCUCUUCAGUGAACAGUUUUGGGAAAUUAGGAUGUGAUUUGGAUAUGUUUUUGGAUCUAGAUGAAAUUGGAAAAUUCAAUGCUCACAAGACCUCAGGAAAUUUUCUAAUGGAAUUUCAAGUGAAAAAUGUUCCUUCAGAAAGAAUUGCAACUCAGAAGAUCCUCUCUGUGAUAGGAGAAUGCCUUGACAACUUUGGCCCUGGUUGUGUGGGUGUACAGAAAAUAUUAAAUGCUCGGUGUCCACUGGUGAGAUUCUCACACCAGGCCUCUGGAUUUCAGUGUGAUUUGACUACUAACAAUAGGAUUGCCUUGAAAAGUUCUGAACUCCUUUAUAUAUAUGGUGCCUUGGACUCACGAGUGAGAGCCUUGGUGUUUAGUAUCCGUUGCUGGGCUCGAGCACAUUCAUUAACAAGUAGUAUUCCUGGUGCUUGGAUUACAAAUUUCUCCCUUACAAUGAUGGUCAUCUUUUUUCUCCAGAGGAGAUCACCCCCUAUUCUUCCAACACUAGACUACUUAAAAACGCUAGCAGAUAUAGAAGAUAAAUGUAUAAUAGAAGGCCACAACUGCACUUUUAUUUGUGACUUGAAUAGAAUUAAACCUUCAGAAAACACAGAAACAUUAGAAUUACUACUGAAGGAAUUUUUUGAAUAUUUUGGAAAUUUUGCUUUCAAUAAAAAUUCCAUAAAUAUUCGACAGGGAAGGGAACAGAACAAACCUGAAUCUUCUCCAUUGCACAUUCAGAAUCCUUUUGAAACUUCUCUCAACAUCAGUAAAAAUGUAAGUCAAAGCCAGCUGCAAAAAUUUGUAGAUCUGGCCAGAGAAAGUGCCUGGAUUUUACAUCAGGAAGAUAAAGAUCACCCUUCCCCACCAAGUAAUCAGCCAUGGGGGCUGGCAGCCUUGCUGCUCCCUUCCAUAGCAAAGAGUGUGUCUCAUGACAAGAAGAAAAGGAAGAAACCUGCAAGUGAGAGAAUUAAAAACUUGUUGGAAUCCAUAAAAAGCAGCCCAGAAAACUCCACACACACCAGUGGGAAGAGAACAGUUAGUACACAGGCAUAAUGGGUACUGCUUUGCUUCACGAACUGGUUUUAUACUAUAAAUGAUCUUUGGACUACCUGGAAGAACUGGUGUGGAAUUUUCACAGAGCUCAACUUUCAUGUGAUGUCUCUUUUCUUGAUCUUCCAUCUUCUUGCUGGGCCCUUUCCCCUGUCUGAAGUUCUGGGACAUUUUCAGUCUGCUACCCAGUGGCAGUUUAUUAAACAGCAGCCACAAGGAGGAGCAGGUGAAAGAAGAUUGGAAUGUACUUUAAUAGAUGAACUGUACAGGGCAAAUGGUAAUAAUUAGUUUUAGAAUCACACCAUUGUUUAUAUCCAUGUCAGUCCCUGGUAUGUACAUAUACAUUCAAUGAGUAAAAUAAAGCUUCAGAUUUUGGUAGUA